GCGCGGGGUGCGCGCGCGGGCGGGAGUGGGCGCGCGCGGGGAAAGGCCCGAAAACACCUUAGUUUGCACCGAGAGACGAUUUGCAGCGGAACCCGAAAGUUUGCAAGAGGAAGAGAGCGCUCGGCGGGCAAGCGAGCGAGCGGGCGAGGGGCAGCGACAGCGGUGCCGGGGACCAUGGUGCUGCCGGCGCCUCCUCCGCGGGCGUGAAGGCGGCGCUCCCACUCCCUCCCCGAACUCCGCGGUGUCCCAGAAGCUUUUGCUGACAAUUCCAGUUUCCGAACGAAACAUUUCGGCGAUGGUGAGGGCUUUGAUCCCUUCUCUGAUUUGUUUUCAACCAUGCACGGCUGGAUGUGAUGCCUGCUAGUCGAAAGGUAUCUCUCUGUGUGUUGCAGUCCUGUGGCAUUAUGCAUGCCCCCUACCAGUGACCCCAGGCUUUUUAUGGCUGUGAGACACGUUAAAAGUUCAGGGGUGAGAAGUGACCUUUUGAGGUGACUAUAACUGAAGAUUGCUUUACAGAAGUCAAAAAAGGUUUUUGAGUCAUGAUGCAAGAAUCUGGGACUGAGACAAAAAGUAACGGUUCAGCCAUCCAGAAUGGGUCGAGCGGAGGCAGCCACUUGUUAGAGUGCGGCAGUCUUCGAGAGGGGCGGUCCAACGGGGAGACACCAGCCGUGGACAUCGGGGCAGCUGACCUCGCCCACGUGCAGCAGCAGCAGCAGCAGGCACUUCAGGUGGCAAGACAGCUCCUUCUUCAGCAGCAACAGCAGCAGCAAGUUAGUGGAUUAAAAUCUCCCAAGAGGAAUGACAAACAACCAGCUCUCCAGAUACAGUGUGCAGGUUCCUUGCAAAGAUGCCCGUGCAGAAACGUGUUAACAGUUGCAAAUAUGAAAUGCUAUCAAGUUCAUCACUGUAGCUGUUUGUCACUGAAAUGUCAUGGAAAGCGGCUUUUAAUGGUUCCCGUGUCAGUGGCUAUGAUGACACCUCAAGUUAUCACUCCCCAGCAAAUGCAGCAGAUCCUCCAGCAACAAGUGCUGAGUCCUCAGCAGCUCCAAGUUCUCCUCCAACAGCAGCAAGCCCUCAUGCUUCAACAGCAGCAGCUUCAAGAGUUUUAUAAAAAACAACAGGAACAGUUGCAGCUUCAACUUUUACAGCAACAACAUGCUGGAAAACAGCCUAAAGAGCAACAGCAGGUGGCUACCCAGCAGUUGGCUUUUCAGCAGCAGCUUUUACAGAUGCAGCAGUUACAGCAGCAGCACCUCCUGUCUUUGCAGCGCCAAGGCCUUCUAACCAUUCAGCCCGGGCAGCCUGCCCUUCCUCUUCAACCUCUUGCUCAAGGCAUGAUUCCAACAGAACUGCAGCAGCUCUGGAAAGAAGUGACAAGUGCUCAUACUGCAGAAGAAACCACAGGCAACAAUCACAGCAGUUUGGAUCUGACCACGACAUGUGUCUCUUCCUCUGCCCCUUCCAAGACCUCCUUAAUAAUGAACCCACAUGCCUCUACCAAUGGACAGCUCUCAGUCCACACUCCCAAAAGGGAAAGUUUGUCGCAUGAGGAGCACCCACAUAGCCAUCCUCUCUAUGGUCAUGGCGUAUGCAAGUGGCCAGGCUGUGAAGCAGUGUGCGAAGAUUUCCAAUCAUUUCUAAAACAUCUCAACAGUGAGCAUGCGCUGGACGAUAGAAGUACAGCUCAAUGUAGAGUACAAAUGCAGGUUGUUCAGCAGUUAGAGCUACAGCUUGCAAAAGACAAAGAGCGCCUGCAAGCCAUGAUGACCCAUCUGCAUGUGAAAUCUACAGAACCCAAAGCCGCCCCUCAGCCCCUGAAUCUGGUAUCAAGUGUCACUCUCUCCAAGUCUGCAUCGGAGGCUUCUCCACAGAGCUUACCUCAUACUCCAACGACCCCAACCGCCCCCCUGACUCCCGUCACCCAAGGCCCCUCUGUCAUCACCACCACCAGCAUGCACACGGUGGGACCCAUCCGCAGGCGGUACUCAGACAAAUACAAUGUGCCCAUUUCUUCAGCAGAUAUUGCGCAGAACCAAGAAUUUUAUAAGAACGCAGAAGUUAGACCACCAUUUACAUAUGCAUCUUUAAUUAGGCAGGCCAUUCUCGAAUCUCCAGAAAAGCAGCUAACACUAAAUGAAAUCUAUAACUGGUUCACACGAAUGUUUGCUUACUUCCGACGCAAUGCAGCCACGUGGAAGAAUGCAGUGCGUCAUAAUCUUAGUCUCCACAAGUGUUUUGUGCGAGUAGAAAACGUUAAAGGGGCAGUAUGGACAGUGGAUGAAGUAGAAUUCCAAAAACGAAGGCCACAAAAGAUCAGUGGUAACCCUUCCCUUAUUAAAAACAUGCAGAGCAGCCACGCCUACUGCACACCUCUCAAUGCAGCUUUGCAGGCUUCGAUUGCUGAGAAUAGUAUACCUCUAUACACUACCGCUUCCAUGGGAAAUCCCACUCUGGGCAACCUAGCCAGCGCAAUACGGGAAGAACUGAAUGGGGCAAUGGAGCAUACCAACAGCAACGAGAGUGACAGCAGUCCAGGCAGAUCCCCUAUGCAAGCCGUACAUCCUGUACACGUCAAAGAAGAGCCCCUCGAUCCAGAGGAAGCUGAAGGGCCUCUGUCUUUAGUGACAACAGCCAACCACAGUCCAGAUUUUGACCAUGACAGAGAUUACGAAGAUGAACCAGUAAAUGAGGACAUGGAGUGAAAGUCUGGGCAGGCCAGCCCCAAGAAUGAAGAUUGGAAAAAAAAAAAAAAAACACGUCAAAAGUUAGCAGUGAAAUUGUUCUCCAUUUGUUGUACAGUCUGGAGGAUUUUCACUACAUUUUGGCAACUAUGAAAUGUGUUAACUCUUAGUGCCAUCGAGAAUCCCAUUUGGGAGUAUUUUUGAUUUUUCUACUUUUUGUUGAAAAAGGAAUUUGUACUCUGUGCAUUGGAUGGACUUGUUUGGUACUUGGGAUUUUCCUCUCUUAACAGUCAACAUCAGUGUUGUAAAUUUGCUAAACUGAUUCACUUUUAGCAGCAGACUUUGAACUGCAGUCCUGCCAACAUUGGACACUGAGGACACCCGACUGAGCUUGUGCACCUAAGCUGCAGACCAAGCCUUUGCCCAGAAUUUAAGGAUUCCAAUGGACGACCUAUUUGCACAGUACUGCAUGUUGAUUAUCACUGCCUUUACUCCUUUUUUUUUUUUUUUUUUAUUUUUUGCUUCCAGUUGGGAUGGGGAAGGCCUUUGUGUGUGUAUUGGGGGGGAGGGAUCAAAAAAUAAUUAUCCCAAACUCUUUAAUGUAUUGCUUUUUUUUUUUUUUUGCUUCUACUAUACCAUUUUAAGUUCUGACCUCAGGCCUUCAUUUGGGCCCAUGGCCUCCUGGAGGCUUAAAGUUUUCUGUACCUUGUGAUGAAUGUUAAUAGGUGUUUUUAUUAUACAAAGCUGAAUGUCAUUUCUCGUUCGUAGCUUUCUGUCACUCAUUCCAUGUUCCUUCAGACAUCACCACGUUUCUCUAAAGUCAGAAAACAUUCCGUUUUGGUCUUUUUCAAAAAGGUCCCAAAUGCUGCACUCUACACAUGAAGGUCCUCUCACACGGAUGUGACGUCCUGCCAGAAAGAGAAUGAAUGACAGAAAAAAAAAAAUAGAGACACACACUAGGAACAAUGCAGAUUCAUUCCACAAAGCAGUUCUGGGGGUGGUAAGGGGGUGGUUUGAGAUUGUCCUCUUUUUUUUGCAGCAACUAUGAUUCUUCAUAAAUGCCACAGCUGUCUACCAGCACAGGGAAACAUAGGCAGCACCGAAAAAAAUAAAUCUCCUAAUAAUUAGACAACAUGUAGACAGUAUGGCUGUGAAAGGCUCUCCCUUGUAUAGUCAAGUUGCAGUGAGCCAUGGGCUCUCUGUUACACGGGUUGCUUUGUUUGCAAAAUAGCCAAAGAAACUGGCUUCCCUGAGCAACUUUGCUGAAAAGUGGCAGCGGCAGCACUGAGUUUAUAACAGUUCAGACCUGCUUAGUGGCAUUAAUCUGUUUGAAUGCAAAUUAGAUUUCAGAUUGAACUUGUUAUAGGAGUUAAUGAGGACUGAGUUCAGCAAAUGCUAAAGCAUUCUUUUCAAAUGUGCAAAUUUGGUACUACAGUUUGUAAUGCAAUAUGAUCACAACAACCCAGUAUCAAAAACUAACAGAAUAUGACAUCAGGUAGGCUGGGGCUCUUCUCAGCCUUGAGCUUUUGGAAAACCAAACAGCAUGCAGAACAUGAUGAUUAUAGGUCAGUACAACCUCAGUCCUUAGAAUCCCCCCCACUUCCACGCUGCACCCACUUUCCUGCCAUUUAUCUAGACUGUAGCUUUUUAGUUCUAGAGCCUUUCGGAGCUUAAUUUAUAUUCUUUGUACUUUUUUUUCUAAAAUUACCAAAGAUAUUACACAAAGGUAAAUUAUGUUCUGUUUUAUGCUUUAUCUGAUGAAGCCAAAUAUCCUCUUAUUGUUGAUCAAAGGAGGCGAAAGAAUUUAGAGGCAAAUGAUGAACUGUAGGCUAUUGCUAACCUGAGAAAGAGAACUGCUCCUUCAUCAUAGAGUAAAUUUAGAAGACCGAGUAGGUAAUGGAACCAAAGUUGUUACUUUUUUCUAGUUGUCUUUUUCUUUUUUCUUUCUAUACCUCUUCGGAGACCAAAACUCAUUCUUGUACAGAGAAAUUAUGGGGCUACUGAAGAUAAAAAUAAGACACAGUAUUAAAGGAGCUACAGAAGGGAGUCCCAUCUCAAACAAAAAUAAUAAUGAAUGUAUGAGGCCACUGAAAAUUAGGGUUUCCAGUAAAGGAGACGGUUACGAUUCAGAGAGAACAGAAAAGUUUCCACAAUUGAACAAGACCACAUGAUAGUAUUUCUAGAAUUAAAAAAAUUUUUUUAGAAAGAUCGUAUGCCACUUCUGUUUAAGGACUUGUGCUAUGAUCACUGCGUUAAUUUUGGUUGAUUUUGGCAUAUAUCCUCCAGUGGGGUUUUUUUGUUUGUUGGUUUGGUUUUUAAAUUUUUUUCCUUUUUACUUCCUUUUUACUUCCUUUUUUCUAAUUAGGCUUUGGUCAGCAUUUUUCAUUUUAAAAAAAAAGUAACACUCCCGUCCACUCAUAAGCUUGGUACAAAAACUUCUUUGGCAGUUACUUUUGAAGCUUCACUCUGCUUUCUGUACAAAGGGCAGUCUGUGGUCACUCAAGACUCUUUUUUUUAAACUUUUCCAGGCAGCUUCAUGAUGUGCAGGCAGUAGCCAGACAGGGUCAUGGGAAGGGGGCCCUGUGCUUCUAAACUGAGUGGUUGCUGGUUAGUUUGGUAUUCAAAAGAGGAUAAAAAUCUGGUAGAUUAGUUCAUUCUCAGCAUGUGUAGCUAGACAUGAGUAAAGAUAACAGCAUGAGAAACUGUUAGUACGCAUACCUCAGUUCAAACCUUUAGGGAAUGAUUAAAAUUUAAAAAAAAAAAUACAUUUCACUCAGUUGCACUUAGUCGUAUGUCUUGCAUGCUUAGUCUAAAGACUGUAGCAAAAAAAGAAAAAGAAAAAUUAGAUUUUACAUAUCUUUGCAGGUAUCAAACCUCGCAGAAGAACCAACUGAAAAAAAAAAUUCUCAGGCUUUACAGCAAGCAAACUUCACUAUGAUUUUUACAAUUCUGGUUCUGUAUCCCUUGGGGGUAUUCCAGUCGCUUCUUUAGGAUGGGGUUUAUUAUGUUGUACAUAUAUCCUGAUGUGUCUGUGUGAAUCUUUGUCUUUUUUGGGGGAGGGCAGAGGGCAGUUCUUUUUUUAGAUAUUGUUCCUAAAAAGGAAUAAAUGCAUACACCUGUUUGUCAAAACACCUUUGCUUUUUGUGCAACUGCUU